UUGUGUAGUUACAAAAAAACGAACGUGCAUUUAAAGAUUGGUUUGAUAAAGAAUCAUCAGAUUUCUCAUCAUUACCUGAAACAUAUGAAAAUUUAAAUGUUUUUCAUCGAUUUUUAUUUGCUCGAUGUAUAUCACCAGAUCGAACAAUAUCCGAAGCACGACAUUAUAUUCAAGAUAGUCUUGGAAUAAAAUAUUCAGAAAUUCCAGUACUUAGUCUUGAAUUAAUAUGGGAAGAAAGUGAUUGUAAAACAUCAUUACUUGGUUUACUAUCAUCUGGUGCUGAUCCAACAUCAAAUAUACAAGCAUUAGCCAAAAAGAAAAAUAUUGAUUUAUUUAUUGUAUCAAUGGGACAAGGACAAGAAAUACUUGCACGACGUUAUCUUCAACAAACAAUUACAUUAGGAGGAUGGCUUUUAUUACAAAAUGCACAUUUAGGUUUAGAUUAUCUUGAAGAAUUUUAUGAAACUCUUAUUGCAACGGAUACAUUUGAUCCAUCAUUUCGUGUUUGGUUGACAACUGAAACUCAUUCAGAAUUUCCAAUUCAAAUUCUUCAAUCAUCAAUUAAAUUUACUAAUGAACCACCACAAGGUGUACGAGCUGGUCUUAAACGUACUUAUGGAUUAAUUAAUCAAGAUAAACUUGAAUAUAUUGAAACAAUCUAUUGGCGUCCAUUAUUAUAUGCUACUUCAUUUCUUCAUAGUAUCGUACAAGAACGUCGAAAAUUUGGACCAUUAGGAUGGAAUAUUCCAUAUGAAUUUAAUCAAACUGAUUGGGAAGCAUCUGUACAAUAUAUUCAAAAUCAUUUAGAUGAUAUGAAUCCAAAAUUAAAUAUAUCAUGGAAAGCUCUUCGUUAUAUGAUAUCAGAAAUUCAAUAUGGUGGUAGAAUAACUGAUGAUCGUGAUCGUCGUUUAAUGAUUACUUAUGCUAAAAAAUGGUUUAAUGAUUUAUUAUUUUCAUCGGAUUUUAAAUUUUAUGAUGGUUAUUCAAUACCAAAAGUAAAACGUCUUGAUGAAUAUAUUGAUUAUAUUGAUAAAUUUUCAUUAAUUGAUCCACCACAAAUAUUUGGUCUUCAUGCAAAUGCUGAUAUAACAUAUUCAACAAAUCGAGCUAAGUCUAUGCUUGAAAAAAUUGUUUAUAUACAACCAAAAGAAGCAAGUUCAAAUAUAUCUGGUGGUGAAACACGAGAUAAAAUUGUUCAUAAUCUUGCAAAUGAUAUGUUAAUAAAAUUACCAAAGAAUUUUAUACAACAUGAAGUACGAGAGAAAUUACAAAAUAUGGGUAUAUUAAAUCCCAUGGUUAUAUUUUUACGUCAAGAAAUUCAUCGAAUUGAUCGUAUUAUACGUAUUGUACGAAAUUCUUUAAAUGAUUUACAAUUAGCUAUUGAUGGUAUAAUUAUAUUAAAUGAUUCUCUAAGACAAAUACUUGAUUCGAUUUAUGAUGGUCGUGUUCCUAUUGAUUGGACAAGAUAUUCAUGGGAAAGUAGUACUCUUGGUUUUUGGUUUUCUGAAUUACUUGAUCGAUAUACUCAAUAUAAUAAUUGGUUAAAUUAUGGUACAUAUUAA